CGUCUGCAUGGCCUAGUGUAAGCCUGGAUUAGAUUGGAUUACCGCUCCAUAUGAAUCACAUAUCUUUUCUUGGACACGCAACACUUCGUACCACAGGCACACCGUAUGCACAAGAAGACGUUAUCAAUCCUCGGGGCGACUCAUGACCACUGCACCCGAUGUGAAUACUAGGCGUAGAAUUUAAGGGAAGUUCAGGAGCAUGGUAUAAGCAGAGUAUUUUGCGAUAUGUUUCCUGGCCGAUUUUUCACUUCUUUGUGCGUUUUGCUCCAUGUCUCUAUCGCACUCAGCCAACUUCCUGGGGCCCAGGACCCUUUAACUCCCGACACCUGGCCUCCGGGUCCAGGUCAACUCCUUGUUCCCCAGCAGCCCAAUCCCGAACUCACAUCUAUACUGAAUCAAAUUGACCCAGCUCGCAUCGAGGCUAUCAUCACGAAACUUGUUUCUUUCGGCACCCGAAGUACCCUCUCCAACCAAACGGAUCCUGUUCGCGGGAUUGGCGCCGCCCGUGACUGGAUCGCUUCCCAGAUGCAAGAAUUCGCAUCAGCUAGUAACGGACGAAUGACCGUCGAUGUCCCCAAUUACCUACAGACCGCUACAGGGUCACUUACAAGCGAUACGAUUAUCAGUAACGUCGUGGCGACACUCAAGGGCAGCCAAGAGCCGAAUCGUAUUUAUGUGGUUUCGGGUCAUUAUGAUUCGAGGAAUACCAACAAUUCGGAUGGAAUAAACGACGCUCCUGGAGCGGAUGACGACGGAAGUGGGACUGCUAUUUCAAUGGAACUAGCAAGGAUUAUGGCUACGCAUGAUUCGAAGACGACGAUCAUGUUCGCUUGCGUUGCGGGAGAGGAGCAAGGGCUUUUUGGGUCAAAUUUCAUGGCAGAGCAGUUGAAGGCUGCAGGGGCUGACGUCCAAGGGAUGUUAGACAACGAUAUCGUGGGUGCCUCUAAGGGAUCCACAGGUCCUGCGGGGGACACGAACUCGAUUGUGGAUCCGUUCAGUAUCAGAAUGUUUGUUCAGGGCGUCCCGACAGAUGUGGAGACCUUGACGCAGAUACAGAGUAGGGUGAGCAUUGGAGCGGAGAAUGAUAGCCCUGCAAGGCAGUUGGGGAGGUUCGCGGCGGAGGUGGGGACGAACUCGGUUACGAAUAUGACUGUUCAAACGGUGUGGCGUCCAGAUAGAUUUUUGCGAGGAGGGGAUCACGAAUCGUUCCUUAAGCAAGGCUUCCCUGCGGUUCGAUUUACUGAGCCAAACGAGGACUUUGCUCACCAGCAUCAGGAUGUCCGGGUCGUAGAUGGUGUGCAAUUUGGUGAUCUAGUCGAGUUUUGUGAUUUUGAGUUCAACGCGCGUGUUGGUAAAGUGAACGGGGCGGUUUUAUGGUCACUCGCUCAAGCUCCUGGCACGCCCCAAAACGUAGCAAUGGAUACAUCUGUGCUUACGAACAACUCUACACUCACCUGGGAUGCAGUUCUAAAUGCUGCCUCGUACGAAAUCGUCUGGCGAGCGUCAGAUGUUGCGCAGUGGACCCAUGUCAUUCCGGUCGGGAACGUGACGAAGACGACGGUUUUGCUAUCCAAGGAUAAUGCGCAGUUUGGCGUUCGAGCAGUGGGGUCAGAUGGAUUCAAGAGCCCCGCAGGGUUCCCUUUUGCGGGAUGAAUUACGCAAAUGAUGGUGGGGUCGAUGGUCGAUGGGAAACAUUUGAGAGGGAUUGUACAAACUGAGUUCUGCUUACUAGUCGACAUGUUCAAUUCAUUUUGUAUGGGACCUGAACAUUGAACAACCCUGAACGACGCUAUCCUACUUAUAUCCAUCGUCAGCGAAUCAACAUGUGUGCAAGAGCUGUUAAUUCCCCUUCUUUGCUUUUCCCCAGUCAUCAUGGCUACAGCUUUGGGGGUGGCAUCCGCCAUCUACAGUCUCGCUGAUCUGACCUAUAAAUCUAUUUGCUAUAUCCGGUCUGUCAAAAACGCACCAAAGGAAGCGCAGGACGUUGCGAGAGAAUUGCAGGCGAUGAACGUUUAUCUUAGCGAUCUCAAGGAUCUCCUGAAAUCAGGCGGCGAGAACAAACCAUGGGCAGAGUCUCUAUGUCGACUCGAU